AUGGCCAGUGAGAAGCAGACCUCGGCGUUGGAGAUUGAGUCGCAACCCAACAUGGGCGGCCCACCCGGCUAUGAUGUCGACAAGAAAGUCGACUACGACAGGGCCGCCGCCAUCGAUGCUGAGGAGCUUGAACAUAAGAUGACUGUGCUCGAGGCUGUCAAGGCCUAUCCGGCUGCCAGUUGGUGGGCAUUUGUGAUGUCCUGCACCAUCAUUAUGGAGUCAUACUGUGUUUUCUUAAUGGGACAAUUCAUAGCGACACAACGAUUCGCCGACGAUUUUGGUGUUCUCAGCCCAAAAACAAACAAGUAUAUUAUCGAAGCAUCAUGGCAGUCGGCAUUCCAGUGUAGUGGACCGAUCGGUGCCUUCAUCGGUGUAUUCAUCGCAGGUCCGAUCACCAGUCGUAUUGGAUACCGGUGGGCGACCAUUGGCGGUCUCAUGUUCUUGAAUGGCUUCAUCUUCAUUUUCUUCUUCGGCAACAGCCAGGGGAUGUUCUUUGCAUCCCAGAUCUUGGAAGGAAUUCCGUGGGGCAUUUUCAUCGCCAAUGCGCCCGCCUACUGUGCCGAAAUCGUGCCCAUGAGAUUGAGAGCUCCAGCGACCCAGAUGCUGCAGAUGUUCUGGUCGAUCGGCUCAAUCAUCGUUGGCGGUAUCACCUACCACUACCAAUCCAGGGAUCACCCUUCAGCUUACAGAAUUCCCAUUGCCCUCCAGUGGAUGUUCCCUACUCCUCUCGCAAUUCUUCUCUUCAUUGCUCCUGAAUCGCCCUGGUGGCUGGUACGACAGGGUCGUCUGGCUGAGGCAGAGAAGGCCGUCAAGCGCCUUGGACGCGCGAGUUCAAAUGAUAACCCUGCUGACGCAGUUGCAAUGAUGCGUCGCACUAUUGAUCUCGAGAAGACUGAGAAGCAACCCAAUCUCAUUGAACUGUGGAAGGGUACCGAUCUCUACCGUACACUGAUUGUGUGUGGUGUAUACGCAUCUCAGAAUCUGACGGGAAAUCUGAUUGCCAACCAAGCGGUUUACUUUUUCAAACAGGCCGGUAUGGCAGACGACACCGCAUUCGCACUUGGUCUCAUCACUUCCGCCCUCCAGUGGAUCAUGGUCAUGCUAUCAUGGAUCCUGACCACAUACCUCGGUCGUCGCACCAUCUAUGUGUACGGUCAAUUAAUCAAUUGUGUAUUUUUGAUUGCACUGGGUAUCGCAGGUUCAUUUGGCCUUAGUGAUCCGUCUAGCAACGCACAAGCAUCCCUUGGCUUGAUCGUCUCCGUCCUGUUCUGUUUGGGACCUGCCCCGGCCUCGUGGGUCAUCAUCGGCGAGACACCAUCUGUUCGUCUCAGACCAUUGACAACCGGUAUUGGACGGGGUGCCUACUACCUGGUCAAUAUUCCCUGCAUCUUCCUUUCCAGCUACAUGCUCAACACUGAUAAGUGGGACCUGGGCGGUAAGAGCGGCUACAUUUGGGCUGGCACCGCGUUCUUCUGCACCGCCAUGUCCUGGUGGUUCGUUCCAGAGAUGAAGAACAGGUCUUUCCGUGAGAUCGACAUUCUGUUCAACCGUAAGGUCCAGGCUCGCAAGUGGAAGCAGACGGUCGUCGAUAUCCGUGAUGAUGAGUAG